CGGUACGUGCCCCCCGACCCGACGUCUGCCGCGGGGGCGCGCUCGCACGCCGGAAGGGGCGGAGCCAGAUUUGACUUUAUAUAGCGGACACCGACAACAAGCCGACCUCUACCGGCGGGAUUUGAUGGCGUGAUGUCUCACAGAAAGUUCUCCGCUCCCAGACAUGGGUCCCUCGGCUUCCUGCCUCGGAAGCGCAGCAGCAGGCAUCGCGGGAAGGUUAAGAGCUUCCCUAAAGAUGAUCCGUCUAAGCCGGUCCACCUCACAGCCUUCCUGGGAUACAAGGCUGGCAUGACCCACAUCGUGCGGGAAGUCGACAGGCCAGGAUCUAAGGUGAACAAGAAGGAGGUGGUGGAGGCUGUAACCAUUGUGGAGACGCCACCCAUGGUGGUUGUGGGCAUUGUGGGCUACGUGGAAACCCCUCGAGGCCUCCGGACCUUCAAGACUGUCUUCGCUGAGCACAUCAGUGAUGAAUGCAAGAGGCGUUUCUAUAAGAACUGGCAUAAAUCUAAGAAGAAGGCCUUUACCAAGUACUGCAAGAAAUGGCAGGAUGAGGAUGGCAAGAAGCAGCUGGAGAAGGACUUCAGCAGCAUGAAAAAGUACUGCCAAGUCAUCCGUGUCAUUGCCCACACCCAGGUUAGUGCAGUUCCCCAGGGUGGCUUGGCCUGCCACUUAGUAAAAGUGACCUAUGUGAUCAUAGGGGUACCGUGUCCCCAUGUUUGUGAGUAGGCUUCUCCCUUGCCA